AUGGAAUCGUCACCCCCCGGCCCGAAUGCAGAGCUGAUUGUGGCGGCCAGUGAGUUCGCAGCAGCGGUCAAGGAGUUCAAUGGCGACCCUGUCAAGCAACGUCAGCUGUUGAAGGAGGCAGACCGACUGCGCCUCUUGUUGGAGACCCCAAUGGAUGUGCUAGUGAAGCAGUGGGAGAUGAGUCAGUGCAUUGCAGCAAUGAAUCUCCUGGUGGAGCUGGAUGUUUUGGAGGCCAUUCCGAAACAGGGAUCCAUCAGUUCCAAAGACCUAGCCGAAAUCGUCAAAGUCGACGAGUCUGCCAUAGGACGAGCGUUGAAGCUCAUCGUGGCCUUUGGCAUUGGCGUCGAACCAGCUCCUAAUGUUUUUGCUCUCAAUGCCAAUGCCUUUGUGUUCCUCAAGGGCGCGGCAAGAGAAUUCUUCCAAUUCAUGAUCGAUCAAACCGGGCCAUUCCUCAAGCUCCCUGAGUAUUUCCGCACACAUAAGCAGGAAGAUCUCUAUGAUCUCAACAAAUCACCCUACGCAUGGGCAGUAGGUAUGGAAGGACAAAGUUACUACGAUGCCAUUUCUAGUGACCCAAGGAAGCUGCACAACUUUGACUUCACGAUGGCGACGUCUGAGCAAGUCACACCUAUCCUGGGCAUGUUCCCGUGGGCCAGCAUGAAAGAGCAAGUCGAAGCCGACACUUCCCGAGCCUUCGUCGUUGAUAUCGGAGGUGGGAGAGGCCAGCUUCUCAAAGCCAUUCAGAAGGAAGCACCGAAUGGGUUUGGCGCAAAGAUGAUCCUCCAAGAUCGGCCAGACGUGCUGGCUUCACUGACGGCAGCAGAUACCCCGGGCAUCGAGAAGAUGCCUUACGAUUUCUUCACUCCCCAGCCUGUCAAGAGUAUGGCUUUCCCCGAUUUUGCUUCGUGGCUAACUCAUACUCUCCAGAUGCACAUUUUCUGCAAAGAAAUGGUGAAGAACAUUGCUAGCGCAAUGGGGCCUACAUCUCGUUUUAUAAUCGCAGACAUGAUUAUGCCAGAAAAAGUCGAGAUAGGGACUGAAGUGACGCCGUAUUGGAUGGAUUUCAACCUGAUGAUGCUGAACGGAACUGAGAAAUCGAAGAAGCAGUUUGAAGAGAUUCUGGACGCAGCUGGACUCGAGAUUGUGAAGAUCUAUCCUUUUGCUUUUGGGUGUCACACGAAUAUCGAGUGUCGUUUGAAGACUGGAGGAGCCUCUUUGUAG